AUGUCCAAUAUUUUGAAAAGAAAAAACGAGGACAUUGAGUCUUCUUCUGACGACCAACUCAACAAGCGUGUUGCUCUAGAUAGUGAGCAAUUAGAGCUAACCGAAAAGGAAAGAGACAAUGCCCAAACAGCUCCCACUGUCAAUAUUCCAGAAUUUGCGCUGGGCGAAGAUCGGGGAAGCGAUUAUGGAGCUGAUCAUAUUCUAGCUGAACUGGGUCAGCUGGAAGAGCCUAUACCCGAGUCCCAGAAUCAUGAUGGGGAACAAACAAGUCACACGGCGGAGGCAAUCGGCUCUUCCAAACCAAUAUCGAGCCACAAAAAGGAUGACGAUGCAUCUACGGUCUCUGUUCGAAUGUAUUGUCCGGUGAAAGAGGCUGCUGCUGUGGUGGGUAAGAAGGGGGAGAAAAUCACGCACAUCCGAGAGAAGGCCAAUGUGAGAAUAUAUGUGAGUGAAAACUUGAAGAACGUUCCCGAGCGAGUGAUCUCAGUCAAAGGUUCAGCUGAGGACGUUGCUCGUGCCUUUGGCUUGAUUACUCGUGCCAUUUUAGAAGAACCUGAAGACGAGCCGGCUUCCAUCACUAGCAAACAAUACAAUUUGAAACUUUUAGUGCCGCAUCCAAUGGUUGGGUACAUCAUCGGCAAGUCUGGCUCCAAGUUUAGAGAAAUCGAGGAAAACUCCGCUGCCAAGCUUAAGGCAGCAGAGCAAGCAUUGCCUUACUCUACUGAUCGUGUGUUAUCUGUCACUGGAGUAGGCGAUGCCAUUCAUAUUGCCGUAUACUACAUUUGUCUGGUAAUGCUAGCGCAUAGAGACUGUCUCAAGAAACACAAAAUCAUCUACUACAAUCCUUCCAACUUUCGCCCACAGCUACCUGCCGCUAAUCCUAUCAUGAACAUGUCCAUUGCUCCACAACAGAAUGCUGUUCCGUACAUGACGGGAAAUCCAAUGCAAAUGCAGCAAAUGGGACCAGGACCAAAUCUUAAAGAUGCACAUGGAUCCUACCUGCAAGUCCCCAAACCAUACAAUUUCCAAAUGAUGUUCCAGCCCUCUGCUCGCCCUCAGUUCAAUGGGCCGCUGAAUAUGCCCAACACUCAAAUUCAAAUUGGAGCACAGAACCUGUUCACUGAUGAGCACGGGAACACAAUCAUUGGUGAUGUGAUUACACAAAUGCCUGUGCAAAUCAGUUCCUCCCCAGAUAAGUUCAGUGAAGAUGUGUUUGUCGCCAACUCCAACAUAGGCUCUGUCAUUGGCAAAGGUGGCAACAAUAUCAAACAGAUUCGUGAAAGCUCCGGGUGCACAUAUGUCAAGAUUGAACCUGACCAAAACCAGUCCAUAUUGCUUGGUGGAGGAAAAGGCUUGACUAAUAUUAGGAAACUUACGUUGACUGGUUCAUACAACUCCAUCCAAACGGCCAUCUAUUUGAUCAACCAACGUAUUAGUGCUGACAAGGAGAGAAAUGGGAUCCAAUGA